GACUUGUGCAAAGUGAUCUGGGUCAUUUCUUUACAUGUUAUUCUAUGUUGGUGUUUGUAAACACAUCAUACUCAAUUCAUUUACCUUUUCCAUUUUGAUUUAUAUUUCAUACAGGAUGGUUUCUAUUGGUGGUGAACAAAAUCGUCUAUGACUAUCUCUCUUCUUUCACAUUGUAAACCAUUGUAUUUGAGCGAUAUAAUGCAAAGUGGUUUGGAUGGGCUAAGUGUUUUGGGGCAUCAUAGUAAAUUGGAAGUUUGUCAAUUUCAUGUAUCUGUAUGUGGGGAAUUCAUAUUCUCAAGGAUCUGACUGAAUUUCUAGUGCCAUUAAUUGCAGAACGCUUUGAAAAUGACAUCUAAAAAGAGAAACGGUAAGGUGAAGAUAUCCAGCCCAUCCAACUUUGAGCAUCGAGUUCAUACUGGCUAUGAUCACAGGCAGGGCAGGUAUGUCGGGCUCCCACCCCAAUGGGCUAGCAUCAUUGGAGCAGAGGAGACGAGACCAAAACCAAUCGUAGAUCCAUCUUGUAUCACCCAGACUGAAGCAUUUGAAUUAAAGGGUAUUGUUAGGGGCUCCAGUGCACAGUCUCCUGAGCAACAGAAUGGAAUGAAACCACGUAUAUCUGUGGCACGCUCCAACUCACUGCGUAGUAGGGGCAGCCCACCAAGGAAUAGGAGGAGAAACCAGGAGGAAGAUAAUCCAGGGGGCAUGGAAAAGAAGCCUCCAGAUGGUACAAAGAUUCCAGCACAUCCUUAUGACCAAAACCCACACAGCGGUGCCCAGCUGAUGAUGAACAGAGAGAUGAGGGACAGAUUAAACUCUAAAGGAAGCGGUGGUAGUGGUCCCCCACCUAAUCAGCAAGACCAAAGAGGUAACCAGAAUGCACCGAGAGAGGGCAGCUACAGACCAAAUGACAACCAGGGUCCUCCAAAUGGACGACCACAUAAUGGACCAGAUGGCCCACAGAAGCCAACGGACAGUAGAGGCAAUUAUGAGCCUAUGGAUAAUUAUAAUAAAGAUAACUAUGAGAGAAUGGACAACUACAGUAGUGGAGAUCCUAGAGCAAGGGAUGACAGACAAAACAGGGGGGCCAGUCUUGGCCGAGGGGUGGAUCCUAUGAGGAGAGAUCAGCCACCCCAGGGUGACCCUCAACACAGAGGAGAUCCAAGGUUCGAUCCCAGAAAUGACCCCAGGAAUGACCCCAGAAAUGACCCAAGGAAUGACCCCAGACAUAAUCCUAGGCAGGACCCUAGAUAUGAUCCAAGAAAUGAUCCUAGACAUAUGGAUCCAAGGCACCAGGAUCCAAGGUACCGUGAUCCAAGGCAUCAGGAUCCCAGGAACCAAGAUCCAAGGUAUCAAGACAGAAGACCUGAUGGCCAUAGUUUACCACGAGGUGCAUCAGGUGACCCCCGUGCUCACCCACCAGGCCAGGGACCACCAGGCUAUCCAGGAGGUCCAGGUGGACCAAGAGGAGAUCCACGUGGAUACCAAAGAGACAGUACUAGCAGUGGAGGAUCUGGACCUAGAUCAACUAGUUCACCAAGCCAGCCUCAGCCACCAGGGGGAUUCCAACCAAGACAUCCCCCUGAUGCACAAGGAAGAUAUCCACCUCCAAACAGACAGCAUCCACCCCAGGGUUACAAUGGCCCUCCACCGGGUCAACAGCAACAACGCCCCCCUCAGAAAAUGCUACAUUCCAACUCCAACCCCUCUCCAAGUAACCCCACACCUAAUCCUGGUGAACAGCAUGUGUCUCAUGAACAGUUCCGCAAUGCACUGCAGAUGGUGGUCACUCCUGGUGACCCCCGCAUCAAGUUGGAGAACUUUGUUAAGAUUGGAGAAGGGUCAACAGGUAUUGUCUGCAUUGCAACGGAACCUAGGACAGGAAGACAGGUGGCUGUUAAGAAGAUGGAUCUUAGGAAACAACAGAGGAGAGAAUUGCUCUUUAAUGAGGUGGUGAUCAUGCGUGAUUACAAGCAUCCUAACAUAGUUGAGAUGUAUGAUAGCUUCCUAGUUGGUGAUGAACUAUGGGUUGUCAUGGAAUUCCUAGAAGGUGGGGCCCUCACUGACAUUGUGACACAUACAGGUCGAAUGGCAGAGGAACAGGUGGCCUAUGUGUGUCAAGCAAUCUUGAAGGCCUUAGCAUUCCUUCAUUCUCAAGGUGUCAUUCAUAGAGAUAUCAAGAGUGACAGUAUCCUACUCACACAUGAUGGACAGGUGAAGUUGUCAGACUUUGGAUUCUGUGCCCAGAUAUCAUCUGAUACUCCCAAGAGAAAGUCAUUGGUUGGUACACCAUAUUGGAUGGCACCAGAGGUCAUCUCUAGGUUACCCUAUGGUACAGAGGUUGAUAUUUGGUCACUUGGUAUCAUGGUUAUGGAGAUGGUUGAUGGAGAACCCCCUUUCUUCAAUGAACCUCCACUCCAAGCAAUGAGACGCAUCAGAGACAUGCCUCCUCCUAAACUCAAGAACCCUCACAAGGCAUCACCACGUCUUUUAGGAUUCAUCGAGCGUUUGUUGGUGAGAGAUCCGUCCCAGAGAGCAUCUGCCUUUGAGCUGUUAGAGCAUCCAUUCCUGAGACAAUGUGGUCCAAACUCCUCUCUCCUGCCUACCAUGAGUCAGCUCAGACACAAGUAACGAUCAACCUCUGAAAACUUUGCCUUUGGUCGAAUCCUGGGACAUCUGGCCCGAACUCGUCAGUCCUGUAAACCAAGAGCCAGAUUAGACACAAGUUUUUGAGUCUCAAUUCCAAACUUCACACUAGCAACUAUUUGAGUUGAAGCUUAGGGAAGAGUAAUGGACAUCCAUCUCUUAAUCUGAAAAUAUACCUAAAGCUUAGUAUUGGCUAUAUAUGAGGGAUUCACAUCAGAUCAUGGCUGAUCUUAGGGUCUUCCUGUAACAGUCAUUGGCAUAGAUAUCAAAAUGCUUCACGAUGGAUUGUUCAUAGGACAUUCUAUUCAAAUAACUGGUGAGUUGAUGGAGCAGUGAGUCAAUGUGUGUUUUGAAUGUUUCAUUAAUGUUACUAUUUGAGAGUAUUCAUUUUCAAUACGAGAAUGAUAAACUGACAAAGCACAUGUUUGCUAAAUAUGUGUACAAAUACUUGAUUUGAUGAAUAUCUAUUUGCCCUGUUCAUUUGACAUUACCAAAGUUAUGACAGAAAUUUAAACAACAGUAAACUGCUUUUGUGCAAAGUGAAUGAUGUGGGCAUGUACAUGGUAUGCAGUGCUGUGGUUGUGCAAGAGAUUGCAGAAAAUGAUCUCACCCACAUAUUUGUGGAUAUGUCUAGCUUCAAUGAAUGCCAUGUUUAACAGAACGUGUAGGUGCAUGGCCAUUUUUUUUGCUACAUGCUGGUUUAGAUCAAGGAAGUUUACAAGCAACAUUGACUCAUUCAUAUCAAACUGUUUUAUCCCAUACUUGUAUCAAUUGAUUAAAUUGCGUGAUUUAUGAUUCAUAUUUAUAUUUAGGAUUUGCAUGUGGAGGAGCAAAAUAAAAGAAUGAUGUGUAUUAUUUAUACACGUUUAUACAUCCCAACUGAAAAAAGUGUAUGAUUUGGUCUCUGGAUAAACUAUUUUGCAUUGUCUAUCUGUGCUUGCCAUGAUGUUAAUUUGUAAGUUGCAUGUGAUUACAUCAAUUUAUCAACAUGUAACAUUUUUGUUUGUUGAUUCUAGAAUCUCCCACAUGUUUUCUAAUAGAUUUUGAAAAGUAAAGUUUAUUUUGUUUGAAAGAAAAAUGAUAGCAUAGAUAUACAUUUAGGGUUGUAAGAUGGGCAAGUAGAAAGAAAGUAGUAAUAACUUGAUGAAAUUAUACACACUUAUUGCUCUGUUGAUUUGAUUAUGUAAAUGGUUGAUAAUAUGAACUCUGCUUGUGGCAGGUUAAGUUGAUGCUUCAAAGGUUGUCUUAUCAGUGAAUAGAACAUAAAUUGUCAGAGUUAAAGUGGUAUAAAGAGAGUCUUCACACUAUUAUUGUGUGUUGUAUUGUGUCUCUUCAUAGUUGUUAUCAGUUUGGCCUGAUAUGAUAUUUAGAGGUAAGGCUGGAGUAAUGUGAACUGUAUUUUAGAAAACCUGCCAUGUGAGAUUAAUACUUAUGAACAGUGGGUUGGUGAUUAUUAUUUGCCAGAUAUGUGUGAUUAUACUUUUGUGUACAUAUACUGUAUAUUUCUGAAGAAAGCGGUUUUCACUUCAACUCAUGCUUGUGUUAUGAUCUUGAUAUUAUUAUGACGACACUGUGUGUGAUCUAUUCCUGUGUUGUGUUGCAUGAACUAUUUUUUGUGGUUUGCCGUUCUUGAUUUAUAUUCCUCUAUUUACCAACUACAGAAAGAUUCCAUUUAGAGCUCUUUAUUUUCCUAUUCAUGAUCAUACAUUCUGGAGUAUUUGGUGUUUUGUUAUUGCAUGUGUCAACUUUGUCUCUGCAGAAUUAUGGCUAUGUGAAGCAUGUUUAUUUAUAGGCAAAGCUUUACCAAUACAAACUUCAUGUUUUUAUGGAUAUAUAUCAAAAGAGGAAAGGGCAUCAAGAUAAUAUCAGAUGGACUUAGACAGUCAAAUCAAGUUUGUGUAUUUUUGCUUAAAAGACAAAUCUAUUUAAUUGGCUGUUUGUAAUGUCUUUGACAUCUUUUUUUAGGGGGCAGUAGUUGUGAUUAGAAUGUAUCUGACUUACAAAGCCUUUCGAACAAAAUUUUGCAUCAACAUUUACCCAUGACCUUAAACCUGAAAUGGAAAUGUUUUAACGCUGGCUGGAUGAAGCUUACAUGUAGUUUUGCCUCUGUUUUGACUAGUUUAACUGAACAGUCCUUUUUGGCUGAAUGCACUGCUAUUUGUAUAACAUGCCAAUAGAGAUGUGCAUAGACUUGUAAACUGUUGUUGAUUUGGCCUUUGUUAUUGUAUCAUGUGUUCACUGAGUGGAACAUCUGCAAUGAAAUCCUGGUAGCUUUAAAAUCACAUAGUCACUGCAUAAUAAUUUUUGAUUUUUUUCAAAAUCUGGAUAUACCUUGUUUCUCAGAGUAAGCUGUGCCUUCCAAAAAGUGUCUUCCUGAAAAUUUGAGAAAGAAAAAAAGAAGGAAAUUGCAUUGCACAAGUAGUUGACUUCAUCUUAACAUGCCCUCUACAGCUUCUCAGAAGAAAUAAAAAAGGAAAUGUAAAUAUUUGAAACUGUUUUUGUGAUAUAAUUGUUUUGGUACAUAGACUUAGAUUGGCUAUUUAACAUUAUUUAUUUUAUACUUAUCUGUAAAGUGGUUAUUAUAAGUUAAGUAAACCAUUUUUAACCCACACAAAUUUUGUUUGUGUGUAAUGUACUGUUUAAUGCUGUAAAUUAUAUUCAAUAUCAGUAUUUGGCAUUGUUUGAAUUUGUGGCAUUUUAUCAUAAUACUAUGUACUAUUAUUUUAUAUUGAUUACUGCUUUGUACUACCAAACAUUUCUUCUAUCAGUACAUUUAUGUUGCCUUCACAUUCUUACAAGAUUUAUUUGUCAAUGUUGUAUAAAUUGUCCUUUUUUAAAUAGUUAUUGUAAGCCAUCAAUCUACUCAAUAUCUUUGUCCAUUGAAUGUUUAUUACAAUGAGAGGUACAGUUGUUACUUAUACACUGUAUGUGAUUUUCACCAACACCUAUUUAUAAGAACUAAAUCUAUGCACUGCACUUUCUGUUACCUGUUUCUAUCAUGUUUCUUUUUCUUGCUUCUUAAAAAUCAUUUACUUUGAAUAUUUCUUAAUCACUUAUCAUAGUUUAAUAUUUUUUGUUGAUAUUUAAUCAAAGUGUUUAAUCAUACAAGAGUCAUUGGUAUAUUUUGAUUUCAUUUUGUAUAUAAAUGAACUGUGCUGCUGAUUGUAUUCUGUGUGCUUGCAUAGUUAUACUGUAUUCUGCUUCUUGGCAUUUCAAUGUGGUACUUAAUUUUAUUCCUUCAAGAAAUUCAUAUAAUAAGUUUGAAAGUACAUGUAUUCUGUAGUAUUUUGUGUAUUCUAUUUGCAUCAUAGUACUCUUGUCAAAACUAAUUCAAAUUAUUUUUUCAGGUCGACAGCAAUCCCUCUUCAAAGGUUAUCAAAGUUUGAAUUUACAUAUGAAUGAAAUAUUCCCAGUAUUCAAUUGAUUGUCUCACAAUUUAUGCAAAUAUUCAUGACUGAAUUAUGAGAAACAUUCAAGUUUAGCGUAUCUUAUUUUUUUGUAAUAACUAUUAUGAAAGUAUAAGUUCUUAAAUCGUUGAUAGGCCAGUUCUAUGUAUGAUUGUGUUUCUUGAACUUCUGGUUUUAUCCAUCCAUCUUCAAUGAACUUUAAAAUCCAUAUUGUAUCUACACGAUUUUGAAAAUUGAUAUUUCCUCAAACAUCAUGCAAAGGAAUCCUAAUGAUUACAAUUUUGUAGUUUGGCUCAGUUAUUCACUGUAAUCCUUGACUAAGAAUUAAACAGUAAAGAUAAAGUUUUCUGCCCAAUUCAUCAAAUUUUAACAGAAUAAUCAAAAUCAUUUUCAACCAGUGUAUUUUAUAUUCUUGUGUGAUAGCAUAGUCUUUUUAAAAUAUGUUAAUUCUAUGCAACAAAAAAAUAAUGUAGUUUAUCAUGGACUUACAAUAUUACUUAUAUUGAUUAACUUAUUAACAUUUAACUUUUUAAAAGGAAAUGAAUCCCAAAAAAUAAUUCAUUGGUAAGGGAGUAAAUAACAUUAUUUCAGUGUCUUUUUAGAUGAAAUUGUGCAGAGAAUAUCAUUGUAAUACCUCAAUCCAUACAAAGCAUGUGUUAUUUGCAAUGCCAACUUUAAGUAAAUAUGAAGUAUCUUUUCUCUUUAAACUGGUACUGGGAAUUCAGAUAUCAAUUAUAUGGUUACUGCACACAUACCAAACUGUAUUCUUACUUGUACAUGGACUUUCUGUACUAUUGAAUUCCUUUAAAUGGAUAGAUGUAACUGGUAUUUUUCAGCAAAUUCCUACUAAUCAGAGGGAACCAUUGGCAUAUUACCUGUACAUAUAAUAUAUCUUUUAUCUAUUUCGCAUUAUUCAAUAGAAUGAUAUGAAGAGAAUCUGAAGUGGAUUCAUGUAGUAUGCCAUUCAGAUAUCCUGCCAGCUAAGCUCAUAUCUUGAAGAUGUAUUCUUAUGUAUUCAGUCCUGUUUUUUUUUAUUAGUAAAUUGAUUACAAUUUAGAGCUAUUAAAACAUUUUUGAAAGUAA